AGCCUAACAACAUCAUAUAAUCGCUGAGAGGAAAGGGAUGCCAAAGAAUCGCUGCAAGAUUUGUCGAGGUGCUGUUUGCUCGUUUCGAGAUGAGGUGGGUAACUCGAGGGAUGCAAUCACUUGGCACCACUCCCAACACAGCUGACGUAUAUUGGCUCCAGACACACUCUCCUUCAGGCUCUCAGCCACAAGAGGCUGAUUCCGCAUUUGUUGUAUCAUACCAAAGGCAAAGACUUCAGGACCGGGGAAUCAUCCGAGCCAUCCUCACUGGAAGGCCUCAGCCAGUUGGCCAACACGAACCAUGUGGCCGACUUCAGCAUCAUGGAAUCCUACCGGUGGGAUCCUCGGCGCCUCGCCCCAUAGCGCACAAUGGGUACCCAACUGGCCCAAUGGCCGUGGCUAUUUCGGGAGAGCCUGCACCAUCCUACCCUCAAUUUUCUAUGGGACUUGCCUCCGAACCUCAUUCAUCCUCCGCUGCCAUCUUCCCUCAUGCUCAGCCGGAGCCAUCGGCUCCCGCAACACAGGAUGGUGGAUGGUUGCAUACUCCUACCGAAACCUCGGCGGCUCGAAACUCUGUGGGGAACUCUUUGUUUGUGUACGGUUUCGAUUGAACUAACGAGCCAUUGCAUUGAUCAGGU